AUGGGGGGAGAUGAUAUCAGCAACCACGGCCUGUUGCCUGUUCUUCUUGUGACUCAAAUGGACAUGUUGAUUGCAAAUGGUGUGGGGGCACGGGUUUCUUCUUUCUUGGUGAUAACAUGCUAUGCCAAGUCCCUUCCAGAAACACGACCUGUGUUAUUUGUGCUGGAAAGGGAUCAAGAUGUUGCUCCGAUUGCAAGGGAACAGGCUAUCGUGCAAAGUGGUUGGAAGAACCUCCAAUUUCCAAGUAGUGUCAAUUCAUAG